AUGGCUAAGGAGGAGAAGCCGGGACCGGAGGACUCUUCCAUCCCUGAGAGCCUCCUGGAUACACUGCUGCACACCCUUUACGACUUCGGAGAGACCCUAGAUAAAAAGACAUUGAAAAGAAGGAAAAAUAAAAAGGACAAGAGAGAAUCAGCAACUGCAGAAGCCAUGACAGUGGACACAGCCUUGCAGCCAGAGUCUCUUUGCAGAGAUCAAAAGAAAAGUGCUUCUAGCUUCUUCCAAAAGCUUAAGGAAGAGCUUCUUUGUGACUCUUCUGAGGGUUCCACUGGUCUUGCUCCUACAGAGGUCUCUGCAACAGUUUCCCCUACACCAUCCCUAAAAAAGGGAAAAAGAGGACCAGUGGAAGUGGUUGAGUUUCACAGCUGGAAUAAAAAGAAGAAAACUGAACUAGAACCACCCAAGGUUGAGGGCACAAAGACAAAAAUCAAUGCCCUUGAGAAGGACGUGGGUAUGCAAGAGUUUAAUCUGGAAAAGGCCCGUUUGGAAGUGCAUCGAUUUGGCAUCACUGGUUAUGGGAAGGGGAAAGAACGGAUUCUGGAACAGGAGAGAGCCAUCAUGCUGGGUGCUAAGCCUCCAAAAAAUAAUUACAUGAAUUACAAGGUUUUGCACGAGCAGAUCAAAGAAAAAAAGGCAGCAAAGGAAGAAGAGAAAAGAAUGGUGCAGGUCACAGACAUGCUCAGAAAAAAGAAGAGGAAAGGUUCAGAGGAUAAUCGGAAAUCCAAAAAGAAGAGCUCAGCUCCCAGUAUUUUGUCAACAGGAUCAGCUGGACAGAUUGGAAAAUUCAAAAAUGGGACCUUGAUUCUGAGUAGCGUGGAUAUCAAGAAAAUAAAUUCUUCUAAAGUGACUAAAUGAAGCAUUUACUGAAUCACCUAAAGAGAAGAGAAGCUGAGAUAAGCCCUGUUAUCCUAAAG